UCUUCAUGAAGAAAUCAUUGACUUUUAUAAGUAUAUGUCUCCCAGACCUGAAGAAGAGAGAAUGCGGAUGGAGGUGGUCAACAGGAUAGAAAACGUUAUAAAAGAGCUCUGGCCUAAUGCAGAUGUGCAGAUAUUUGGAAGUUUUAAAACUGGUUUAUACUUACCUACAAGUGAUAUUGAUUUAGUUGUGUUUGGAAAAUGGGAGACAUUACCUCUUUGGACCCUGGAGGAAGCUCUUAGAAAGCACAAUGUAGCAGAUGAAAACUCAGUAAAGGUUUUAGAUAAAGCAACUGUACCUAUUAUUAAACUGACAGAUUCCUUUACUGAAGUAAAAGUUGAUAUAAGCUUUAAUGUACAGAACGGGGUUAAAGCAGCCCAGCUCAUCAAAGAUUUUAUCAAGAAAUAUCCUGUGUUACCGUAUCUAGUUUUAGUAUUGAAACAGUUCCUGUUGCAGAGGGACCUUAAUGAAGUAUUUACAGGUGGAAUCGGUUCUUAUAGUCUUUUUUUAAUGGCUGUCAGUUUCCUUCAGCUGCAUCCCAGGGAAGAUGCCUGUAUGCCCAAUGCCAACUAUGGUGUUCUUUUAAUAGAGUUUUUUGAAUUAUAUGGACGUCACUUCAAUUAUCUGAAGACUGGAAUCCGAAUAAAGGAUGGUGGCUCUUACGUUGCCAAGGAUGAAGUACAAAAAAGCAUGCUGGAUGGCUACAGACCAUCAAUGCUGUAUAUCGAGGAUCCGUUACAGCCAGGUAAUGAUGUUGGGAGGAGUUCCUAUGGUGCCAUGCAAGUAAAACAGGCUUUUGAUUAUGCCUAUGUUGUUUUGAGCCAUGCAGUUUCCCCAAUAGCUAAGUAUUACCCUAACAACGAAACGGAAAGUAUAUUGGGUAGAAUCAUUAGAGUAACGCAAGAAGUGGCAACAUACAGAGACUGGAUAUCAAAGCAGUGGGGAAUGCAGAGUAGGACAGAGUCUUCGUGUAACGGUAAUGGAGUAACCUUGAUAGUAGAUACUCAGCAGCUAGACAAAUGCAACAAUAAUCUUGCUGAAGAGAAUGAAGCACUGGGAAAACCUAGAAAUAAAACUUCAGAAACCCUUAGUAAACAUUCUUCAAAUUCUUCAUCAGGUCCUUUAUCAUCAUCUUCGUCUACACUGUCCAGCUCUAGUGAUGUAGAUUCUGAUGGAACACCUUGCAAAACCUCUAAACAGUUGAGUUGUCGUCAGUCUACCACAAACAGAGUGGGGUCACAAGAAGUGUCACUGGAAUCCUCCCAGUCAAGUGGGAAAACACAAAAUAGCCAAACAGCCAAUACAUCCAGCAACACGAACAAAUCUCAGCAUGGAUCUGCACGGUUAUUUCGCUCGUCUAACAAAGGCUUCCAAGGUCCAACAAACUCAAGCCACGGUACCUCAGUCACAAACAAACAGCAUCAAGGCAGCAAAUCACACCAUCAGUUUUUCCACGGCAAAAAGAGGAAACACAAGAGGGAUGCGGCCCUUUCAGACCUUUGUAGAUAGUUGCCUAUUUUAUGACUGUUCUUCUGUGUGCAAUGAUCUCAUGCUACAGGAUAGUUUGAUAGUGACUCCUUGGAUCUCUUCCGGAGCUUCAGACUGUUCAGACAUUGAUUAGCAACUGCAUUUUUUUUUUCCCAGCUCGCCACGGAACGGAUCAUGAAGAUUGAUCACUGCAAAAAAAAAUUUUAAAAAGGAAAAAAAAAAAGAAAAAAAAG